CGGCGUGUCCACCUUCUGGAUGGCCAAUCCCAACAACAACCUGGUGAACUGCUCCGCCGCGGGGUCCGAGGAGACGGGGUUCUGGUUCAUUUUCCACCACGUGCCGACGGGCCCCUCGGUGGGCAUGUACUCCCCGGGCUACUCAGAGCACAUCCCCCUGGGAAAGUUCCAGAACAACCGGGCACAUUCCAACUACCGGGCUGGCAUGAUCAUAGACAACGGCGUCAAGACCACAGAAGCCUCCGCCAAAGACAAGCGGCCCUUCCUCUCGAUCAUCUCUGCCAGGUAAUCAGCCCUCGGGACCCUGAGGUCA